CAGCAGCCUACGCCGCAGAAGAUUGCGAAGCCGGCGGGGUUUAAUGCGAUUAUUGUGAAUCCGCGGCAGAAAGGAAACCCUAUAUUGAACCAUGUACGGAAUGUCCCGUGGGAAUACGGUGACAUCGUCCCCGAUUUCGUCGUCGGACAAACAAGCUGCGCAAUUUAUCUCAGUCUACGAUAUCACCGAUUACACCCAGAAUACAUAUACUCCCGUAUCUCACAACUCGGAAAACAAUACAACCUCCGCCUCCUGCUCAUCUCCGUCGACAUCGAAAAUCACGAAGACUCGUUAAAAGCCCUCACCAAAAUCUCGAUCAUAUCCGAUCUCACCAUCGUCCUCGCCUGGUCUCCUGCCGAAGCUGGGCGGUAUCUAGAAACCUUCAAAUCAUUCGAAUCCAAACCUCCGACUUUGAUUCAAGGCAAACAAUCAACCACGUACAUAGAGGGAGUGGUGGAGAUGAUGACCUCCAUUCGAAGUGUGAAUAAGUCGGAUGCGAUGAGCUUAUUAGCAAAUUUCGGGAGUGUGAAACGGGCCAUCAACGCGGAGGGGGAGGAGGUUGGGUUGAUUGGGGGGUGGGGAGACCAGAAGGUUAGGAGGUUUUUGGGGGCGUGUGGUGAGCCGUUUGUU